UUUCUGGUUGCCAUGGAGACAGCUCAUAUCGCCCUGCGGCCUCUCAGCGGUUGCACAACCUUUUAUUCAGCUAAUGUGAAUUUUUAAGAUGCAGGUCCAGUUGGUCUCCCUCGGUUCGGUCCAGAUCGGCCCGUCCUCGUGGCGCGAUGCGACGCUCCGGUCCAUGCAGCGUGCACAGCGCCUGGUCCGGCAGACUUGGACCGGACGGCUUCGGAGCGCCGGUUUUACCCAGAAGGUCCCAUCAGACAGCUCAGCAGAACCCUGCGGAGAUGAGAUCAGACAGAAGGGACGUGGACAGACACAUGUCUCCGUCUGCAGGAACAGGAGGUCAAGACCCCGAACUACAGGAGGGACGAGGAUGCCUGUGGCUCCAUUCCCACCAUCCAGCCUGCGAGAACAGUGUGCUGCAGAAAGCGUGGCUGUGGUUGGGGAGUACAUGCGCAGGGUCCGGGAGGUGGAGGCCCAGCUCCGCAGGCAGGCGGGGAACGUUGUCGAAGAGCAGACCAAGCUGGAGAGGGAGCAGGUUCACCUGGAGAAGACCUUGCGCAGCAUCAGGACCAACCUGAGCAUCAACAGCAGGAGCUCAGAGAGCCGGAGCAGAAGACCAGCCACCGCUGUGAUGGAGAGAGAUGGUGCUGAUCGCCUUUUAGAGCUGGAGAAAGGAGAGCUGAUGGAGCUGAAACGAGAUCUGGAAGCAGCACUGAAGGAUACACUGAAGCAUCUACAGGUUCUGGGUGAAAGCAGCAGGAAGCUACUCCACUGUGCCAGUGAAAGAAUGCGAGUCCUAGAUCUGGUUCCUCACAGGUGCUCUGCAGAACCCAAUGUCUCCACAGCCUUCAGCAAACCAGAACCAUUCAGCUACUUCACUCCAGAAUGCAAACAGGUUUUAGAGUCUUCUUCUCUGGCGGUUAGUCGGUCUCAGUUGCUGAGGGAAAAUAUAAGAAGCUUGCUGACCGGCGCCAUCACCAGGCAGAACGCUGCCCAUCGAAGUGUCAACGAUGGUUUGGUGAAGAAGAUCGCCGAAACAAUAAGUCUGCAGCAAAGCCUGACUGUGAUGUCUGCAGUCACCAGACAGGCCAUGUUUCGCAAGCAGAGGGAAGUAAAGUUCAUUCGUCACAGCCAUGACAGAGCUCAGGGCCCUGAAUGCAGCAGUGACGUCCUGUCCCGAGAGAAGCUGGACAGGCCCCUAGUGAAGGUCUACCAGAGACACCCAGGGACUCAGCUACCUGAAGCUUCAUGCCUCCUUCAGGCCAGCGUGGCGAUGAAGAGACGUCUGCAGGCCUCUGAAGGGGAACUGGUGAGGUUGCAGCGCUCAGGGCUGCAGCUGCUGAAGGACCUGCGAGGAAAGACUGCAUCAGCUCAGGUGGAUGCAUCAGUGGUUCGAAUGAGGAGGGAGCAGGUCGACAAGAGAGCCGUUCCUGCGUUUCUCCAGUGGGGGGCGUGUUGAAGCUGACUAGGUUGGAAUAUCUGUUGAAGCUGGAGAUCAGCAGGACUUGAUGAUUGAAAAGAAACAGGAAGCAGAAAUUUCCUGAAGCAUCAGAUUAAAACUGUAGAAAACAA